CACAAUCUCCCUGUAGCAUUUGAAUAAUGAAAGGCGAACGACACAGACGAAUGUGAAGAUGACAACCUUUAGAUUACAAUUGACCAUUUUGGUCGGAUUUGUGACGUUUGGUUUGGUUCAGGCGGCAGAUCCUGUCAAUCACAAACAAAAGCCAACGCCAACGCGCCAUUUUGACCAUUAUGUUCAGCUGGAUACGACUGGUCAAUACUGGCUAUUUUGGACCGCCAAUGACACUCAUAUUACCUUUGAGACUCACGUGAACACGCAGGGAUAUAUUGGAUUCGGAAUCUCCCCGAACGGAAAGAUGUUCCCAGCUGACGUCAUCGUGGGCGGAGUCAAGGAUGGCCAAACCUAUUUUAAGGAUUAUCACACUACCCAACAUGCACCGCCAAUUGUUGACCAAUCACAAGACUGGUUCCCCAUUGCUGGCAAGGAAACUGCUUCCGGUACUGUCCUUACCUUUGUGCGAAAACUCAACACAUGUGAUAGUGCUGAUGAUAUGGUUAUUACGAGUGAUACCAUUCGGAUUAUCUUCUCCUACCAUCCGGAAGACGUGACGGGUAGCAUCCCCUACCAUGGCGCCACCAGGCGGGGAACAAAGAGCGUCAUGUUAUUGUCUUCCUCCCUGACAGCCGAUGACGUCAAUAUACCUAGCGACACAGUCACAUUUGACUUCCGUCAGAACAAUUACCAUGUCCCCAAUGAUACCACGGUUUACUCCUGCCAAACAUUUACGUUACCUCCCCUUGCUUCCAAACAUCACAUGAUCAAGUACGAGCCCAUCAUAACACCUGGAAACGAACUGGUAGUACACCAUAUGGUUGUCUUUCAUUGCAAUCAACGUGCUGCUGAACUAGCCUCUUACAGUGGAGAUCAAUUUCGGUGUGGUAGAGUUUAUAAUACACCGAAACCUCUUCAAGGUUGUCUCGACUCAUUUGUCGCAUGGGCUGUAGGAGGAAAGACGUUUUACUACCCACCAGACGCAGGGUUCUCACUCGGUACUGCUAAUGAUCCAGACUUCUUUGUCAUGGAGACACAUUACAACAAUCCAACGGCUAAGGCAGGCAUUGUUGAUAGUUCUGGUAUCCGAAUAACAAUGACACCAACACUUCGGAAACACGAUGCUGGACUGCUUCUUUUAGGAAUGGGUGUUUCCCCAAUGCAUAUCAUCCCUCCAAUGGAACCCAACUUCGUCUCACAGGCUUUUUGUCCUUCGAGUUUUCUCAAAAAGGGUAUACCAGCAGAGGGCAUACAGGUAUUUGCAGUUCUACAACACUCCCAUCUACUUGGGAAGCAAAUGGUUACACGUAUACACAGGAAUGGCAGAGAGAUAAAACCACUUGUGACCGACAGGCACUACGAUUUUGAUUUCCAAGACAUGCGCUACCUUUCAGAGAAGAGAACAAUAUAUCCGACUGACAAGCUCGAGCUUAACUGUGUGUACGAUUCCAGCCAUAAGCAGAAUAUCACAAAGGGAGGAUUGUCUACACAGGAGGAGAUGUGCGAGGCAUUCAUUCUAUACUACCCUCGUAUGCACAUUACCUACUGCGAAAGUACACCGGUCUACGACACUAUAACUGACGACGCUGAUAAUGUCUUACCUAUAAUAAAGACAUGGAACUGGACGGAUGCGACAGUAAGGUCUCGAUUCCGGUCAGCUCUUGAAAAGUCGAAGUAUAUUCAUUACAUGUAUGCAGACAUUGAUUCACUUGCGGCAAAGAUUUUGACCACAGAAAACGCAACAGAUCACCCUUAUGUAGAGCCACCGGAUACAACAUGCCAACACAUCUCUGGGCUUAACAAGGACGGAAAAUGAUUUCGGAGAUAAUAACUCAAUAUCAAGAAAUUAUUUGAAUUAGAUCUGGACAAAAAUAUGAAAUAGUAAAUAUCGUAAUAUUCAAGUUAAUACAAGUAAAAUGAUCAGUCAUAUGAUUUCAUUUUCUACUGGGAAAUACUGACAUGUACAGUCUAAUUCGAAAAGCGAUGUAUAUAUGAAAGACAUUUAGAUUAAUACAGAUACCUUUGAUACAUUUGAAUAAAGCUAGAUACAAAAAAAA